CGCGGAGCGCACGCGCUUUCUCAUGCCCUUGGGCCCGACGGGCAGCCUCGGCAUGGCUCCGUGAACACCAUCGAUACUAAAAAGUGACGCCUAAGCAUGCGCCGGCCCGCGGUCGCCGUCGCGUGGGCCGCGCACCUAAGCAUGGGCCAGCAGCAGCCCUCACCCGUCGUCGUCUUCAAGAAAGCAAGGACGGGAAGCACGUGGCUCGCCGACAUGUUAGAGAAAGACGACCGCGUGGCCUUCUUCCGCCACGAGGCCCAAGGCUGCUUCAGUGAUGACGCCGACCGCACGCGCAAAGCUUUUGAAGUGAUGGUCCGCCGGCCCACGUGUAGCACCCAAAUGUGCCCCAACGGCCAAAAGGACGCCUGGUUAACCGCGCCGACGACCACAGAUUGCUUCGACGAUAAGCUAGUAGGUUUCGACGUGAACCCGAGCCACACGCCGUUCCUGUCCUGGGAGCGCGAUUGGCCCCAACUCCUAAAAGCGCCGGUGAAGACCGUGGUGUACAUGAGGACGAACCUCAUCAAGCACGCUAUUUCAUCGAUUCAUGCGGACGUGUUGGUGGAAGCUUGCGAUACGCACAAGGUCCUGAGUCAAAAAGCCAAGGACUGCGUGGAAAGUAAUACUGAAGUGUUGUCGAAGAAGAUUUCUGUGGAUGCUCUAUCACUGUCCAAGAGCGCGCGGAAGCUGGGCAAGUAUUGGUAUGAUUUAUUACGGAACACGACAACAGCGUCCGGUGGAAAGGUUUUCGUCUUGUACUACGAAGCGUUGCAGCGCGACGCUUCUACAGAGCUAGGGCGGUUAUUCGACUACGUCGGCGUGUCCGGUUCAUCAGUACCCGAAAGCUCUUCCGUGAAAAUAACACCUGAUGACCUCAGGGAGACCUUAGCUGACUUCGAACACGUACGAAAAGACUUAUCGAAUCUAGAUCCUGCGUUACUCCCUCAAUUGGAGGACACUUCAUUUAAAGUCUUUCGGACGUUGCGACUGCCGGAGAACAAAACUCAAUCGAUUGAGAGGUACGAAGUACAACUCAAAAAGGCGAAUUUUAUUGUAAUAACGACGCAGCGCAGUGGAAGUGGCUGGCUGUUAAACGAACUCCAGAAACCGUCCUGCAUCGAGUGCGGCCGCGAGCUCUUCGACCGGAGCGGGUUUUUAUGGUCUUCAGACACGAUGAAGGCUGCGGUCGACGGCUUUCUCAGGAUGACGCCCGGCGGUCAGAAUGCCUUUGACAUAGAAGUAGGCGACAAGUUCAACUUCGUGGCCAAAAAGUGGCGCGCGCAGCGGUCGGACAAAUCUCGAUCUUACGGCUUCAAGUGGAUGCUCAACCAACCUUCGAGUGAUCUCUUUUACGAGGCCUUCGAGGACUGGCUCCUACCUCUGUUGAAAGAAAGGCGAGGAAAACUUGUUUUCCUCGUGAGGCAACACUUACUACGGUUGAUGGUCUCCAAGGAGGCGAACCAGAUCGAUAGCGAGAGGUUUGAACAACAUGUUGCUCAUGCCUUCUCGCAAAACGAUGCUCAACAGCACGCGGCGCCGGUCGAACUGCCCGUCGGCCACAAGUUGUUAAGGCACUUGGACCUCGAACUCUCGAAGAUCGCGCACAUGGAGAAGCUGGCGAAGCUGGCGUCGGACGCGGGCGUGCGCGUGCGGACCGUGUCCUACGAGGACCUGGAUGCGGAUCACGCGCAGUUUGGGGGUUUGCGGAGCUGGCUCGUCGACGGGGAUGCAUGUGCUGCUUCCUUUAGCGAGAGACCGGACACGAUUUUUAAAAUACACGGCGAUGCGCACUGGCAGAAGUACAUUUCGAACUGGAAUGAGGUCUCAAAAAGUUUGGUAGGGACGCGCUACGCCGUUUAUUUGGACGAGGCCUACGUUCCUAGGGGCGGCGACGCGUGGGAGAAGUUGAGAGAUGCGCCGGCGCCGAAACGUGUCAAAAAGGUGCAUGAUACCUAUCAGCCCCAUACGCAUGCGGAAAAGCCUGCGCGUUUGUAUCCAAGAGAUGUGCCCGGAUGCGUGACCGCGGGAAAAGAUCAUCAUUGUAGGAUGAAGACCUACGGGAACCGCACGGUGCCCCUGUUCACGUCUUCUCCUACUUCUUCGCCUGUCGUCGCGCCUGUGGUCGCGCCCCGCCAUCAGACGUCGUGGCUCGGGGGCUGGCUCCGCUGGCUCGGCUGGUGAGCGCGUCGGCGUCGGGACCCGUUCGCGCCGGCGGCGGGAUCUGUGUUACGCUUCUCCGCGCAGGAGAGACACCGCCGUCUCCGCGCCCCGCGACGCCGCCGUCGACGCCUACGUCCGGAGCUGGGCCGCGGGCGGCACGUCACGGCGGUGCGGCGACGUUGGCGCGCACGGCGACUGUAGCUGGAUGAGCGGCUUCGGCCCUAUUGAUGUGGCUUGUACGAUUCAUGUAGAUAGAGUCGGCUUGCUGGACGACGAGCGGGGCCCGGCACUGACCCUCAAGUUCCACGACGGCGAGGAGCUCUCCAUUUCAACGGAGAACGCCCAUAACAUCGACCGCUUCAUAACGAGGCCGGCUCUCUGCGAGUACGUGCCCAAACACCGACCAGUACAAGCCACGGACGUCGGCUUGGUCAUGGUCUCCAAUAGCCCUUCCUACUUAUUGAGACUGUGGCCGCCCUUCCUCAACAAGCUCCUCUACGCGACGGACGCGGGCCUGCGCACGUUCCUGUGGCUCGGCGAGCUGCCGGAAGGCCUCGAGAAGCCGUCAUCGCAAGCUUGUUUUGAGAGUAUGCAGGUCACGCAGCACCACCGUCGAUUACGAAGUUUCUACGACUCGCGGCUCGGCGUCGCUCCCAGAGGGUUCGACAAGAUGGACGAAAUGGCCUCGAACCACUACGUCAAAAUGCCCGCGGUCCUGGCGGCCUUGGCGGCGCCUAGUAUAGAAGGAGUGUACUACGUCGACCUCGACGCCGUGACGCGCUACCCCUGGACCGUCGACCCGCUCUUCGCUUCGGAACACACAAAUAGAUAUUCCGACGUCAGCUUCAAGUACGGCUUUAAGGAGGGCGCCGACAACUCCGGCACACUACGGUGGAAGGUCCACGGGAGCCGCUUCUACGCUCGUAAUUCAAUCAAAGGUAGAGCCUUCUUCGCGAACUGGUUUUCCAAUAGAUGUACGUUCAAGGACCAGUAUUCUUUGUGGCACACUAUACUCGACUUCGCGGCGUCCGAGGGCUGCGUCGACUACGCGGGGGAGAUCUAUUCAAAGUUCCGCUACUCCGACGCGAAGCACCUCAAGCAGGACAAGGCUCGCAAGGAGUUCCCCAUGCUCGUGCUCGAUUGCGCGCGCAUCGAUGAACACUGCCCGCGCUUCCCCUUCGCGAACGUCGGCGGGGACAGCUGUGACGUGAACUUGCCGCGCCUCGUGGACCAGGUGUUCCACCACACGAUCCCGCAGGAGGGGCACGGGACCUUCGAGGUGCCUCUCUCGAGUUCGACGUUGAUCGUGGAGAACGCCUGCAUCUCCACGGUCAACGCGACGCGCUGCGAGCACACCGAUGAUUUACGGGCCUACGUCGAGCGGCUGGGCAUCCCCGCCCAGUGGAAUUCAUAGCAAGUAACCUUAGUGUCUGUCUAAA